AUGCAAAGUUGGCAGGAGCUUAUUGAUGGACCAAGUUCGACUCAGUGUUUCGAUAGUGAAUAUCGUGAUAUCAUUUACAAGAGAACUCCUAAUUUUACUGAGAUUGCCACGAAAUUAGGGUUCAAAGUAAACGAGCAUGACGUCAUAAGUCAAGAUGGGUAUGUUUUAAAACUCUUCAAUAUACCGGGCAACACUAGCAGACCUGUUCUCCUGAUGCAUGGUAUUAUAGAUUCAUCUGAUACUUUUAUUAUAAGAGAAAACUCUUCUCUCGCAAUAGUCCUUGCUAACGCCGGCUAUGACGUGUGGCUUGGGAACGUCAGAGGCAAUAGAUACUCAAGAAGACAUGUGUUCCUGGAUCCUGAUAUAGAUAAGGAGUUUUGGGACUUUAGCUUCCACGAAUAUGGCUAUUAUGACCUCCCAGCCAUCAUCGACUUUGUGUUGGACAAAACUGGUGAAAAAUCCCUAAGUGCUAUAGGCCAUUCGUUGGGAAACACGAUAUUUUACGUCCUCGGAUCAAAACGAGAGGAAUAUAAUCAGAAGAUCAAAGUGAUAGUGGCGGUGUCACCGAUCAGCUAUUUGAGCAAUUUAAAAAAUUCUGUAGAAAAACUAAUGGAAGCAAUGCCAGCCAUAUCAAAUCUAUUCAUUCUUAUUGGUGAAGAAGAAUUCGCGGGUGAUGACACACCUAUCGUUCAAGGACUAAGACUUGUCUGUGGAUGUAAAAAAUAUUAUGAAUUGUGCGUUAAUGGUCUCUUCUUCCCGAUAGCUGGUAGGGAUCCCGAGGAACUGGAACCGAGCUUCUUCCAGACUGUCGUUGCUCAUUAUCCCACGGGAUCUUCAAGAAAGACUGCGCUGCACGUCUCACAGAUCGGCUUAAGGAAAACCUUCGCGGAAUUUGAUUACGAACAUAGGAAUUACGACGUGUACAAUUCAACGAUACCUCCAGAAUACGAUCUGAGUAAAGUUGUCAUGAAAGUUGUUCUAGUAGCUGGAAGGAAUGACGAGAUUUCUACAUUAGAUGACGUCCAUGUCCUUAGAAAGAGGUUGCCCAACACUGAUUAUAUUGUUGUUGGGAGAAAGAAGUUCAAUCACAUAGACGCUGUUUGGGGACGAAACAUGAAAAAGUAUUUAUUCCCCCAUAUAUUCCACUUUUUGAAAAAAUACGAAUGA